UUUAUUUAAAAAAAAAAAUCAUUUAAAAAUUUCCUAAUGGAUUAUGCAGGAGAUGAUUAUUGUGAUGCCCACCAAGAUGAGACUCUUGACACAAGCAGUGUUGAACCAACACCCUACGAUCAAUUCUUCAUCAAAUUCGAGGUCGAAUUUAUUAGGGAACAAGAAGAAGAAGAAGAUGAUGAUGAUGAAUUCGAUAUUUCCCGUUUAGAGAGCAUUAUUAAAACUGAAAUAUUUCAUGAGAGAUGUGAUCGAUUGCCCCAUAACAACUUAUCGUGGCACAAUGUUACAAGAAUGUUACAUAUCAUGGAAGUGCCGGUACAUAGACAACCAAUGAUAUUACGUCAAAUAUGUUCUUUUGCUGAUAAAAUUGCCAAUGAACCUUAUAAUAGGAACAAGAAAAUAUUGCCAAUGACAGUUUAUUUUAGCCUUCCUGUCAAUUACUUCAUUGAAGAAAGUAGAGAUGAGGUAAUUCGUCCUGCCAAUGAAUUGGUUGAAGAAGAUUUGGAGAAAGUGAAAAUUGAAGAAACAGAAUUAGGAAGUGAUUGUGUGUGUGUGAUUUGUAUGGAAAAGAUGGAUGUUGGAAGUGAAGCAACAAAAAUGCCUUGUUCUCAUGUGUACCAUGGGAAUUGUUUAAUGAAUUGGUUAGGGGUAAAGAGGGUUUGUCCAACUUGCCGCUUUGUGUUGCCCUCCUGAGGCAAAUUCACGAUCUAGAAUUCAAUUGACUUGGUGAAUUGUUCAAGAAAGUUUUUUGUUUCGUUUGGUCUUUUAAUGAGUAGCAAAUUCAGAAUCUAGAGUUUAAUUUGUUUGAGAAAGUUGUAAGAUCCAUAGUUAGGUCUUACAAAUUGUGGAGUGCUUUUGUAUUAUGAUUAACCGCUAGGAAAUCGAUCAACCAUUAGUUUGAAGAUUUAUACUAUGUAAUAGUCAAAUUAAUAAAAACAAUUACUUAUAUUAA